UUGUGAAACACAAGUUUGGAGUGGAAUUAGAAAAUGAAGAUGUUGAUACAAAAGCAUUAAAUUGUGUUAAAAAAAUAAAAUACUCUGCAUCAGAAUUUGCUUUACAAAGAAAUUGGAUUCAAGA